AUGGCAUCUGCGGAGCUGGUCAAAUGGCUGGUAGCUCAUGCCCAACGAUUCGAAGCGGUGCUGAGCGAGCAAGCGAAAAUUCGCCCACGGCAGUACAAGCUAGUAGCAGAAUUCACGCCGGUCGGUUUCGACCCCUCCCGGGAGGAGGUAUGGCGACGUACGGAAGAGGACUUGGGUCUGGAUGAAGGAGCGAUUCUAGAGGCACGUUGGAUCAAACCGGUUCACAGGCGGUACCGAGAACAGCGCUUUGCUCAUCUUCUGGUCACGGUCUCCUCCCCAGAGGCAGCCAAUAAGAUUAUAAGGGCAGGCCUGAUAUUAGCUGGCCGCCAUGUAAGCGUGAGGAAGAACCUCGCAGAACCAAUGCGGUGCGCAAAGUGCCAUCGUUAUGACGCCGGGCAUCUAGCAAAGGAAUGCCCCCAGAUGUACGAUACAUGCGGCACAUGCGGACGAGCGCAUAAGACGGCAGACUGUACGAUGAAAGACCCACAACAGCACCAUUGUGUCAACUGCAACGAGAAGGGGCAUGCGGUCUGGGAUCGAGACUGCCCGGUCUUCCUAGACCACCUGAGCAGAGCGGACGCACGUCAUCCCGAAAACAGUCUGCAAUUCUUCCCCACAGCAGACCCCGACUUGUGGGUCCCCAAGUACCCUCAUCAAGCCCUCCGAUCACCACCG